CAUCCUGUUCCCGGUCACGUUUAUGUUGUUUGGUUGGGGAAGGUACCUACCUGGGAAGGUAACAGGGGCGACUGCGGGGGAGACGCCGAGUUUUGGGCGGAGAGGAAUAUUUUCUACGCCUUUUCUCAUUUGUUGGCCGAAACAGUCUGCGCGUUUGCUUUUCUUAGGGGCAUGGAAAUGGGCGAAGGGUUCACGGGGGGAGAGUUGGGAGAGGAGGAGGAGGAAGAAGACGAAGAAGAGCUCCCGGAAGCUCCCGGUUGCUCCGGGGCAGCAUCCCGCUUCGAGAGGGGACGCCGCUCCGAGUCCGGUGGUGAGGGGAAUGAAGAGGUAGAAGAGGAGGAGGAAGAAGAAGAAAUAGAAGAAGAGGCCGUAGAAAGGGGGCGCAGAAAGCCCUUUGGGAUGGAGGAGGGAGCAAUGGACUCGGACGAUGAAGAUGAGCGUAUGAUUAAUCUGUCUGAGCUGACACCAUAUAUAAUGUGUUCCAUCUGCAAGGGGUAUUUCAUAGAUGCUACAACUAUCACGGAGUGUCUUCAUACAUUUUGUAAGAGCUGCAUAGUAAGACAUUUUUACUACAGUAAUAGAUGUCCAAAAUGCAACAUUGUAGUGCAUCAGACACAGCCCCUUUAUAAUAUAAGGCUCGAUCGACAGUUACAAGACAUAGUAUAUAAAUUAGUUGUCAACUUGGAAGAAAGGGAGAAAAAGCAAAUGCAUGAUUUCUACAGGGAGAGAGGUCUAGAAAUACCCAAACCUGCUAUGCCACAGCCAGUUGCUGUAGCCAGGGGAAGACCUCGCAAAGUUGUAGGCUCAGUGUUCCGUAUCCCCCCAGAACUUGACAUGUCACUACUCCUGGAAUUUAUCGGAGCUAAUGAUCUCUCAGGGAAUUUUAAGCCCCUGGAAAAGAAGUUUGUACGGGUUUCAGGAGAGGCAACAAUUGGACAUGUUGAGAAAUUCCUGCGAAGAAAAAUGGAUCUUGAUCCUGGCUGUCAGGUAGACAUAAUAUGUGGAGAUCAUCUGCUGGAACACUACCAGACUUUAAGGGAAAUCCGACUAGCUCUAGGAGAGAGUGCUUUGCAGGAUGGCUUACUUGUACUGCACUACGGUCUGAUUCUUAGCAGAGAUUCUGCACUUUAAAAGAUUGUAUAAAUCUCAUAAAUCAAAGAGCUCUGAAGAAGCAAAUCGAUCAUCAUCAGUGCUGAAGUACACGAAAUGAAGCAGGCUGUUCAGAAACAAUGCAUCACUCUUUGCUGUAUGCAGGUUAAUUAAUAUAUCACUUAAAUCAGCAUAGAAAGCAAAUGCUGCACUCGUAGGUACAGAGAGACUGCAGUACUUUCUGCCAUCAAAACCCAGCUACCCCAGGAAGAGCAAACCCACUGCAAAGUGAGCACAGCCAUUCAUUUUAAUUGCUGUUUUGUGGCACUGCAAGUCACUGCUUAUUCCCAGGAUUGCAGACAAGCAUGUACUUGAAAGUCCUUAAAUAUACAAUGGCAAUGGUGUUCUCAGGGAUUAUCUUCAGUGUCUCAUAUACAUUCUCCUUGGUGAAACUAAGCAUACUGGUUGGUUCUUAUAGAAAUAGUAUGGGAAACCUGUCAGAUGAAUCUGUAAAAGAAAUGGGGAACAACCACCCUUUAUUAGUUUUAAGCAUUAUAUCUCACAUUGUACAUCAGAAAUAGUAUCAAGCUAUGCAACUUUAGAGCAGUGGAACAGAAUGUGAAAGGAAUUAGACACCUGCUAAUUGGGCACCAAAUUCUUUACCCGAUGUAAAUGUUUAUGUUGAGCUGGCUGUGAAGUUCUUUCUGGAAACCAUUUAAGCUCUUGGUUCUAUUCCUACUAAAGUCAGCAUGAAGCCUUUAUUGUGGUCCAUAAGUAGGAUUCCUUUCAUACUUCUCAGCAAGUCUUCUUUUAUUUCUGGCUUCCAGCCACAGUCACAUUUGUCCUGCCCUUUCAUAGCCUCUUUCCUCUUACUCCACCUUUCUGUCCUUUGCUGGUGCUUAUUCCUCACUUGCUUCAGCUGCCAUUUUGGAGCCCUAGUUGGUGGCACUGGAAUGGAUUGUGACCUCUUCCAAACAUAAGUACUUCAGACAGCACUCUAUUGUAGUGUCAAGGACAAGGGAGACUGUGCCCUGAAUAGCAAAUAACUGAAUAUUUGAUUUUGUUUAUUUCUUGUAACACACCCACAUUUUGUUUAUUUCUUGUAACACGUCCACAAAACUGGUUUAGUCACAAGGUUUCCAAAGAGCAUUGUUGUAUAUAGCUCCAGAAAUAAAACAUGAAUACCUGAGACUACAGUAGCAGGACUAUGUGUAGAAUAUGUGCUUUAUGAUACAAAAGGUGCCACUUUGCUGAUCAUCUGUUCUUCUUCAAUAUUCAGUUCUAUUAGAGAUAGAAUUGCUGCUCUGUAUACAUAAAGACACUAGAUAGGUCAUAAUAUUUUUAAUUACAAGUUUUUGCGCUUAAGAAAAUGCCUCUACAAAUUGAAUUUUGCAAUAAUAAAUUUUGUAGUGGAAAGGUAUUUCUAAAUUCUUAUUGUAUAAUCAAAAUGUUCAGUUUGUUUUGGAGCUGUAUUAAAAAGCAGUAAUAAAAAUGGAGAACAUGAUUUUGUACAUUUUAAAAUUUGUGUUGUGUUUCAGCUAAAUUGUUGUUUUUCUUUUUAAAAAAACAUGAUGUAAUGUCCAAAUUAGGAAAAUUAAAAGGUGAUUUAACGUUG